AAUAAAUAAAUAAAUAAAUAAAUCACGCGGAACGCUUAGCCUCUCACGUCUAGGGGAACCCCGACCAUAGGUCGGUAGCAGGAGACUCUCGGAAGAAGACGGAGACCGAUGGAGGGCGGAAACCUCGACGAUGGGAGGGGGAAGACCGCCACGUGGAUCGACCAGUACCGUCUGAUGUAUGAUCGGGCGACUCGGCACCCCUUCGUCCUCAGUAUCCAUGACGGAACCGUCGACAUCUCCGCCUUCAAGCGAUGGCUCGGCCAGGAUUAUAUAUUCGUCAGGGAAUUUGUCCCAUUUUUAGCAAGUGUUCUGUUAAAAGCUUGGAAGGACUCAGAUGAUGAUUCAGAUGUAGAAGUAAUCUUAGGUGGAAUAGCUUCUUUGAAUGAUGAAUUGUCAUGGUUUAAAAAGGAAGCUUCUAAAUGGGAUGUUCAUCUAGGUGGUAUCACUCCUCAAAAGGCAAAUUUAGAAUACUGCAGAUUAUUGCAAAGUUUGAUGCUACCAGAGAUCGACUAUGCUGUGGUCAUCACUGUCUUUUGGGCCAUCGAGACUGUGUAUCAGGAUAGCUUCUCUCUUUGCCUAGAAAGUGGUUCCAAUACCCCAGCAGAGCUUAUGGAGACCUGCAAAAGAUGGGGUAAUGCCCUCUUCAGGGAGUAUUGUUGUUCUCUUCAAAAAAUUGCAGAUAGAUGCCUCGAGAAGGCACCAGGUGAUGUGGUCAGAAAGGCUGAAGAGGCUUUUAUAUCUGUUCUUGAACAUGAAAUAGGCUUCUGGAACAUGAGCUCUGGUGAAUCUUGAGCAUCAUAUGCUGCAAUGCAAAUAGGUUCAUGGAUUUUAUAUGUGAAAGAACUCUCUUUUUUUUGAUGUAAGUUAUGUCAAAGAAAGAUGAGUUUUGGAAAUGGGGACAUGUGAAGGAAAAUACUGUUGAACUAGGCUAUAAAUAUGAAUUUGGUGGCAAUAUUAUAUGGCUUGAUAAUACUGCCAACUGUUUAGGCAUGGAGAACUAUUGGAUGGUCAUUUUUAUUCAGAUCUUAUAAAUAAUCUUGCUGAUCGUGCUUUUACUAUUGCACUAGUUUGGGACAAAGAA